AUGGGCGGCGGGGCCGCCCCGGGCGCGCUGCUGCUGGCGCUGGCCGCCGGGCUGCUGCUGGCCGCGGGCUCGGCCAGCGAGUAUGACUACGUGAGCUUCCAGUCGGAUGUCGGCCCGUACCCGAGCGGGCGCUUCUACAGCAAGCCGCCGCAGUGCGUGGACAUCCCGGCCGACCUGCGGCUGUGCCACACCGUGGGCUACAAGAAGAUGGUGCUGCCCAACCUGCUGGAGCACGAGACGAUGGCCGAGGUGAAGCAGCAGGCCAGCAGCUGGGUGCCGCUACUCAACAAGAACUGCCACAUAGGCACGCAGGUCUUCCUGUGCGCCCUCUUCGCGCCCGUGUGCCUCGACCGGCCCGUGCACCCGUGCCGCUGGCUCUGCGAGGCCGUGCGCGACGCGUGCGAGCCGGUCAUGCAGUUCUUCGGCUUCCACUGGCCCGAGAUGCUAAGGUGCGACAAGUUCCCGGAGGGGGACGUCUGCAUCGCCAUGACGCCGCCCAACGCCACCGAGGCCGCUAAGCCGCAAGGCACCACGGUGUGUCCUCCGUGUGACAACGAGUUGAAAUCCGAGGCUAUCAUCGAACAUCUGUGUGCCAGCGAGUUUGCACUGAGGAUGAAAAUCAAGGAGGUGAAGAAAGAAAAUGGCGACAAGAAGAUCGUCCCCAAGAAGAAGAAGCCGCUGAAGCUGGGUCCCAUCAAGAAGAAGGAACUGAAGAAGCUGGUCCUGUACCUGAAGAACGGGGCCGACUGCCCCUGCCACCAGCUGGACAACCUGAGCCACCACUUCCUCAUCAUGGGCCGCAAGGUGAAGAGCCAGUACCUGCUCACCGCCAUUCACAAGUGGGACAAGAGGAACAAGGAGUUCAAGAACUUCAUGAAGCGCAUGAAAAACCACGAGUGCCCCACUUUUCAGUCGGUCUUCAAGUGACGCUCGCGGGGCGGGCUGGGGCGCGGCCGGCCCAGGAUGCUGGGGUAGGAGGUUCUCUCAUUGAGCCCUGAAACCCAGCUGGCUUUGUUCUUGCUGCCUCCUCGCUCCCUGCCCCCACAGUAGCCAGGCUCACACCCCCUAGUCCAGCCACAUCCAGGUCGAGUGAGUGCCCUUUAGACUAGGAAAGGCCCUCAGACCCGCAGAAGGGAACAGCAGUCCCCGUGCAUAACCAGAGACGCAUGGAGUCCCUAAGAGAAAUUUCUUUCUUGGCCAGUUUGCAAAGGGGAUUGGGAAAAAGAAACAAACACAAAAAAGAGCGAGGGCUGGCAUCGGAGACGAAAUGCUGUGCCUUUCUUGGUGUUGUCACAAAUCACGUGUGGCUCUGCUGCCCGAUCUGUGCCUUUGGGACUAGAACAUUCUAUUGGCAAGUCACGUUGCUUUCCCUUCCAGAGCGGUUUCCCUGUCUGCCUGCUCCGGACAGAAGGGGACUCACCCCACGCUGAGGAUUCGAGCCCCGUUGUGGGAUGUAGUCACAAGUGCAGGAAGGAAGAAGGUACAUGCACAGGAUGUAACAGGGGAAGCUGAGGGCCCCGCCUGCUCUGCCCUCAGCUUUCUGCACACGGCCAUCUUUUGCUCUGACUCAGCCAGUCUCAGAGGCCUAGGGGCCAUGGUGGAGGAGGCUCGACCCUGCUUCAGACCCGUGGAGGGACCCCAGCACCUGCCCUUGUGCAGGGAGACAAGAAAGACGGCGGGGGCGAAGGAGACGGGGCUGCUCAGGCCGAGAAGGCAGUGAAGAGUGAUUUUCCAAAAAGACAGGCUGGGUGGUGAGCCUGGGUGUGCGGCUUUGUUGUCUCAUCUGUUUGCACGUGUCUCAGUUUUAAAAAUGGCAUCCCUCCCACCAGCCCCCAAACCCCACC